AAGCGUUAGACCUACUCGGAUUCUAGGAAGGUUACUGACAGAUUGAUACCACAUAGAGCCACAUAUAGUUUAUAUAUUUGAUCUGCUAAGUGAUUGAAAUCAGGCAUUGUUUGCAAAAAUGUUGCAGCGGAAAAACCCUACGUUCUUCGAGAUGCUUUUGUCGCAUUGGAUCGAUCAGCUGAAUUUGUUCGUCGUAACUUUAUUUUUCUCGGAAAUCGAUGUGCUUGGGCAUGAAAACUUGCAAAAAUACGGGCCCUCCAUUUAUGUUGGAAAUCAUCAGAAUCAGUUUGUGGAUGCUAUCCUGCUGUCAGCUGUCAUCAAAUCCGAGCAGAAUCGAGGGUUACGCUUUAUCAUCGCAGAGAAAAGCUACCACCGACCAUUGAUUGGUCACCUAGCAAAGGUGAUGAAUAGCAUCCCCGUGGCACGCCCACAGGACAGCGCGAAGAAGGGAAUCGGAACAGUCUCUGUGAAAGAAGGCGAGACCACUGUGAGAGGGCAAGCGACUACAUUCACUGUAGAUUUCGCGGCUCAAGACAGCAUCAAGAUCAAAGAUAAUCUGUACAAAGUGUUGAAUGUCAUAUCUGACAACGAGAUGGAAGUUACUGGCAUUCACGGACAUAUCGACGAGACGGUAGAGGACUUCGCCGGAUAUAAGAUCUUCAAGAGAGUGGAUCAACAUAAGAUGUACGGAGCCGUCUAUGAAUCUUUCCUCAACGGAAGCAUUCUGGGCAUUUUCCCGGAGGGUGGAUCCCACGAUCGUACCGAGCUGUUGCCGUUGAAGGCUGGUGUGUGUAUCAUGGCCCUUGGAGCAAUGACAACCCACCCGGGACUGAACGUGAAUGUGGUGCCUUGUGGAAUUAACUACAGUCAGGCGAAUCGCUUCCGAUCUAAGGUCGUUAUCCAAUUCGGUGUCCCCAUUGAAAUCAAGAAGGAGGAAGUAGAGCUAUAUACCACUGACAAACACAAAGCCAUCGGAGACCUUCUAGAGCGUGUGACUGUCGGACUACAGGACGUUGUGGUACAAACACCCGACCACGAAGCACUGGUUGUUGUACACUACUUGCGUCGAUUAUACGUGCCUGUCGGACGCCACAUCACACCGUACGAAUACCACGAGCUCAACCAACGCUUCUCGAAGGCUUAUGCGAAGAUGGACGAGCUGCCUUUCUUUGCGGACUUGAAGGCGACCGUGCUGGAGUACCGUCGAGAUUUGAAGAUUGCGGGUAUCACCGACAGCCAGGUAGCUAAGAUGCAGACAGCUGUGCAGAUGGGUAAGAAACGCAAAGCCUUCUACGAGAUGAUUGAACAGGGGCUUCUCCUGACCUCGUACCUACUCGCCUACCUCCCUGGUUUCUUGUUGGCCUUCCCUGCUGGUUUCAUUGUGGAGACUGUGGCUGCGAAUAAACAACAAGAGGCCUUGAGGACAUCUGAUGUCAAGAUCAAAGCUAACGAUGUGGUAGCCUCGUGGAAGGUCCUUACUGGAAUGAUUGUGGUGCCGGCGCUAAGUAUCCUGUACGCAUUCCUCUUCAUGUUGUACCUAUACUUCGCCACGGACUACACUUUCUUCACCAAGUUCGUCCUGGUGGUUGCCUUCGCCAUCUGCGUGCCCUUCUACUCCCACCAGUCCGUGCUCGCCGCCGACGAUAUAGUGAAAGCUGCAUAUGCUAUCCGCCCACUUUUCUUGCGAGCAACCGGUGCGUUUCAAAGCAGUGGUGAGAAAUGGAUCACCCGCCGUAGUAUGUUGCAGAAAUAUAUCCGCGAAACCACAUGGGAAUCGUUUGACCAGCUGUACCCCAAUGAAUUUCGUAUCUUCAAUAAGACCGAUUUUGAAGCAGAAGCUGAACGUAUGGAUGAGAAGCGAAGGCUUCGGCGAUUGAAUACCGUGGAUAGUGAUGAUGAUAUCCAAGAUUGAGGAUCCAAGUAUGCUGGAAGUUAAUAUUGAGUUGCUGAACAACUGUUAAAAGUAUAGGCUACUCUGAUACGAUCGCAGCCUGAAGUCGAUAGCCAUAUUUUGAAAAAAAUAAAUUACAAGGUGAGAAGUACGAAGGUAACACUGCUACGUUCGAAACAAAAGAUUUGCAAUGCGCGGAUACUGGUUAUAACUAGGCCGAAAUCAGUGACAACGUUUAUGAGGCAUUGUUGAUACGGGUAGAGGUUUCCAGAAUAAUACAGAACAGAGAAUCCAUGUUAUGUUGUUGACAAAUUCAUAUUAAAAAGUG